GGGGGUUGAGUGCUAUUAUUACCGAGACAUCCUCUCUUCUUCCUCAGACAAGUGUGAGUCGUGUUCUCCGUCAGUACCUGCAUGAGUCCCCCCCCCCCCCCGGGGGUGUCUGCGUCUCUCCACUCCUAACCCGUGAACUCGUAUAACUCGGCUGCUUCUCCUUGGGAUUCCCCGCUGGAGGAACCUACAAAGGGGUUAAGUGUUUUCGGGGGGUGACGUAGCCAGGAAGACCCCUUUGUUGGAAGCGUUCCGUGAGGAUGUCACCGCCUGGACGGUCGAAAGUUUGAAUAGUCGGGAAGCCGGUGCAGCCACAGGCAAUGGCGAGGAGAGGACUCUGAUCGGAGUACAUAGAAGCCGGGAGGAUGGAGAAGACAAUGACCUUGUUAUUGGGGACUAGCCUGCUGCUGCCGUACCUGUACGCCUUCCAUAUCGCCGCCUACCCCAAAGGAGCGAAGUACACGGUCAUCAAUGAGAACUGCCCCGGGGCAGAGUGGAAUAUUAUGUGUCGCGGCUGCUGUGAAUAUGACCAGGUGGAGUGCACGUGUCCCGGGGGCAAUAGGAAGGUUGGCUACACCAUCCCCUGUUGCCGCAACGAGGAGAAUGAGUGUGACUCCUGCCUUAUACACCCAGGAUGCUCCAUAUUCGACAACUGCAAGUCCUGCAACAAUGGAUCAUGGGGGGGAACACUGGAUGCCUUCUACGUGAAGGGGAAGUACUGCUCAGAGUGCCGCGUCGGCUGGUAUGGAGGAGACUGCAUGAGAUGCGGAGAGGUCAUCCAAGCCACCCAUGGAGAGAUAAUGAUGGAAAGUUACCCCUUUAAUGCCCACUGUGAAUGGAGCAUCCAAGUUACCGCUGGAUUCACAGUAGAACUCAGGUUUGCAAUGCUAAGUUUGGAGUUUGAUUACAUGUGCGAGUACGAUUACUUAGAAAUCCGAGAUGGCGACAACGUGGAUGCCAAGAUCAUUAAGCGUUUUUGCGGUAAUGAGAGACCACUACCCAUCCGCAGCUCAGGAAAUGCACUGCAUAUUCUCUUCAAGUCAGACGGGUCCAAGAACUUUGAUGGCUUCUAUGCUACAUUUCGAGAAGUUACAGUCUGUUCCCCUUCGCCAUGUUUCCACGAUGGAACGUGCAUUGUGGAGAAAACUGGGUCCUAUAAAUGUGGCUGUUUAGCUGGUUAUACUGGAAGACACUGUGAAAAUGUGAUAGAAGAAAAGAGCUGCAUGGAUCCAGGACCUCCACUGAACGGAUAUAGAAAAUUAUCAGAACAGGAGUUUCAUAGAGUUGGGAAUAAAGUGGCGGUAGGGUCCACCAUCCAUUAUAUCUGUAACAACUCCGAGGUCCUCAGUGGAAACCAGGAGAGGAAAUGCCUGGAAACGGGGCAAUGGUCUGGGAAACAACCUGUCUGUAUCAAAGCUUGCCGGGAGCCGAAGAUCCCAGACUUGGUGCGCCAGAAAGUCCUUCCCUCCCAGGUUCCGAUCCGGGAGACUCCACUACACCAGCUAUACUCCAGUUCAUUCCCAAAGGAGAAGAGUGACAUCUACCCAACCAAGAAGCCAGCUCUUCCACCCGGAGAACUUCCUCAGGGCUACCACCAUCUUCACACACAGCUGCAGUAUGAGUGCGCGUCUCAAUUUUACAAACGCACAGGGAGCAGCAGGAGGACGUGUCUGAAAACUGGGAAGUGGAGUGGGCGAGCGCCAUCUUGUAUCCCUGUUUGUGGGAAGCUGGGGAAUUUCACCGUCUCGCGGAUAUCUGAAAUGCGUUGGCCAUGGCAGGCCGCCCUGUACCGUCGCUCUAACGGGGUGAAAGGUGCCAACCUGAGGAAGGGCACCUGGGUGCUGGUGUGCAGCGGGGCUCUGCUUAACGAGCGCACGGCGGUGAUCGCGGCUCACUGCGUGACAGACCUGGGCAAGAGCACCAUUAUCAAGGUGUCAGAUCUGAAAGUGGUGAUGGGAAAAUUCUACAGAGGCGACGAGCGCGAGGAGAAGAGCCAGCAGCAUCUGCAUAUCUCAGCCAUCAUUGUGCACCCCAAUUAUGACCCCAUUCUGCUGGAUUCCGACAUAGCGGUCAUCAAACUCCUUGACAAGGCCCGCGUCAGUGACCACGUGCAACCGGUUUGCCUUGCCUCAUUACCAGAACUCGACUCCUCCACCCUGGACACCAGGAUCGUCACAAGCGGCUGGAGGAUCCUCUCUGACCCCAAGGCCCCAAGUUACAAGAACGAGACGCUUCGCGCUGGUCUUGUCUUGCCAGUGGACUCGCUAAUGUGCGAGCAGCAGUAUGAGGAGAAUGGCAUAGCCGUCAGCGUUACAGAAAGCAUGUUUUGUGCCAAGCAGGUGUCAGGAGCUCACAUCUGUCCUUCAGAGACUGGCGGUAUUGCUGCCGUGUUACUGCCGGGAACUGCGCCCUCUGAGAGCAGAUGGCACCUUAUGGGACUGGUCAGCUGGGGUUAUGAUAAAACCUGCCACCAAGACUUGUACACCGGCUACACCAAAGUUGGCACCUUCAAGGAAUGGCUUGAUAAAAAUAUGAAGUAGACUCUGAGAUGAAAGAGACUUGGUGAUGGGUCAAUAACCAAGAACUAGGGACUCUGUCCCAUAUUUAUGUAUUUAUAUCCACAUCACGGUAAUCUACAUCUCAUCUCAUUUUAGAUAACCUGGUCUUCAGGACUUUCUGAAAUUUGCAGGAGAAUUCCUGGUUUUACCUACAAACACACAUUAUAUUAGGAAUAUACAUUCCGUUCCAAGAGUUUUGGUGCAAUGUUGGCAUCAUCUUGCUUGUGUGCCAGAGAAAUCAGGUACCUGAAGGGUCACAUAGACAAUGACCAGUGUUCCUGAUAUAUUGCAAAGCUUCUAAAGCAAUCAACUAGCUUCCAAGGGGCCGCUUACAUCUCUCUACUCCUUGGUGGCCCUCAUGACAAUAGUAGAGUGGACAUGACAUGUGUCUGCUGUCUUCCCUCUGCUCUACCCUGCGGCACCCCCUAUGCAGGUCACGUGCCCACAUAUGGGCAAGCGGAGCCUGGGAUACAUAGUGGGAGGCAUGCCUGGGGAGGGGGGGCACUUUACCCAUGUGUGUGGUAGCAAUCAGAUGGCAGUGGUGCCGCCCAAAUGUUUCCACCUGAAGAGUGAGGGCAAGCAGCAGGGCUAAACGUAGAAAAAAAUCUACUUGCCCGGCACCCCGGACUUUAUGUCCCGGGCAUGGGCGAUGCAAAUUGUGCAUCCCUGCAACAGUAAGUGGGCUGACAAAAGCCCAGGUGGCAGGAAGCAAUUUCUAGUUGCCAUGGUGAUUUUUUGAGCCCUGCUCUAAGAUCAAGUAUGUAUUGAAAAUAGAAACAUUUUAUUAAAGCGGUAGUUCACCCUCACUCACAUGAUUUUACCAUCGAGACAGGCAUUGUAGCGCGAGCUACAG